UUAAGCGUUUUAAAAAUUCAUAGAAUAAGAAUUAAUACCAUAAAUAUUUUGAAAUGGAGCUCAAAUGAAAAACUAAAAAAUAUUCAGUCACCAGUGCGUCAAGAAAUCUUGUGUUUUUGUUUCAAAGUGCUAAAAGAAAAACAACCAAGAGAUGACUAUGAAGGAUUUUUGAAACUUGUUAUUAUUAAUCUUGGUGAUAUACCACCAGGUGGAGUAAUUAAUAUUAAUAUAUUCAUAAACCUGGUGUGUAUCAUCAAGCAAGAUGGAUGACUAAAGCUAUUUAUUGUUUGAAGAUGUUAUUGUUAAGAUUAGAAUUUAUGUUUGCAAAAAUCAAAGAAAAUGCAAUCUGUAGAAUCUGUGCGUUCAUUAUAAAAAUAUAUAUAAAAUCAUGGUUUACGGCAACGAAUGUUAGUGAGGCCCCUUAAAACGAUAUUGAAUUAAUUCGUAGGUUAUAUGCAUAUUCGAUUGAUGAUGAGCAAAUAGCUACAUCACGUUUAACAAAGUUUUUAAAGCAUUUAUGGUACUUACCUCAGUAAUGAGUGUAUAGCGUUUUCAAUUUUUGAUGAACAAAUUUCAUUUGCAAGCAGAAAAAAAUCGCAAUCAAACUUAUUGGGUAUGAAAAUAUAAGCCAACAGCAUGUAAAAGUAACAGAAGAAGAAAAUAUUCUUAAUAUUUAUCUUACUACAUUUAAGUUUUUAGCUAAUUAUAACUAACUGUUAUAUUUAUUUAUUGUCUAUAAUGGUUGAAAGUAACGGCCUUAGUGAAAUAGUUGGAUUUUGUCUUCUAACAAGUGAAGACAAAGAAAAUGUGUCAAACAUGGCCUUAACUUUUAAAAAUUAUAAUCCUGAGUGGAAAAAAAUUAAACGUAUAAUGGCGGAUAAAGAUUUCACUGAGAGAAAUGUGUUUAAGGAACAGUUUCCAGAUUCUCAAAUUUUAAUUUAUAUCUUUUAUUGUCUAAGAUCAAUUUCUCGUAAACUCACUUGCGAAAAAAUGAAAAUAAACUCUGGAGAUAGAAUCAUGGUCUUAGAAAUCAUUCAAAGUAUGGUUUUUGCAAAAAAUGAUACUGAUUAUGAUGAAAUUCACAAAAAACUUGAAGAUACAAAUAUGGAAACAGUGAUAAAUUAUUUCAACAAAAAUUGGCAUGGUAUUAAAACAGAAUGGGUUGUAUAUUUCCAAUCAAAGUUUAUGAAUCUAAGUGUAAUUGAAUUAUUAAAUGUCAAUAAUGUCAGGUUUAGUUUCAGUUUACUUUUUUAUUGUUAUAGGAAAUCGAACAAAUAACAGACUCGAGAGCAUCAAUCAAAAAAUAACUCAAGUAGUUACAAAAUUUUCUAGAUUAGAUCAAUUAUUUCAAGGUAUCUAUAAUCAUGCAUGUUAACUAUAUACUCAAACAUUUUUAUUUGUUUACAUGAUAAUCUAUAUAUAUAUUAGGGUGGCUUAAAAAUUUGAACUUUAGAUUUUCGUAACUUCAAAAUUCAAAAUUUCACUAAAAUCAAA